UCUGCAGGAGGAACUGACAGCCAGCACAGGAAUGGGUGUCCUUGGAGAUUUGUCAGAAGUCCCUCCAUAACCUCAGCAUCCUUAGCCCAACCUCUUUAGUGUGCUAAGAAGGAUCAAGAGAGUCUUCCAAGUGGAGGAAGGAGCACUGGAAGCUCCUUGGCAACCUGAAGACCACAGUGGAAGGUUUGGUGUCCAUAAGCAACCCAAAUGUCUGGUCCAAGUAUGGUGGCUUGGAACGGCUCUGCAGAGACAUGCACAGCAUCCUGUACCAUGGGCUCAUCCAUGACAAGGUGUGCUGCAGACAGAAGGAUUACUGGCAGUUUGUGAAGGACAUUCGCUGGCUGAGUCCAGGCUCUGCUCAUCACCUGGAGAAGUUCAUCAGCCUGCAGGAGAGCAGCCAGCGUGACCCCGAGGGCCCAGGGGACCAGGCCCUUGCGCAGCUGUGGCUGCAGCACAGCCUGCAGUGCCACUGCCUGUCAGCACAGCUGCGGCCGCUCCUGGGGAACCGCCAGUACAUCAGGAAGUUCUACGCAGAUACUGCCUUCCUGCUCAGUGAUGCCCACGUGACGGCCAUGCUGCAGUGCCUGGAAGCUGUUGAGCAGAACAACCCCAGGCUUCUGGCUCAAAUCGACACCUCCAUGCUGGCCGGCACGUCGCUGCCGUCCCUGUGCGUGUCAGACCCUUCUGCUGGGACAAGAGAGAUGUGUGAUCACAGCGGUGAGGGACACAAGAGCCGUCUGCCGGGAGCGCUGGGCUGCCUGGAUCAUUUCACUGAGAGCCUGCUUACCAGGAAGAGUGACAAUCCAUCUCCAGUGACCAAGAGUCAGAGCCUGACUGCCCUCCCUGCAUCCCCGUGCGUCCCUGCUGCCGCCUGCUCACAGCAGCGCUGCUUUGGGUCCUUCUCCAGCCUCCAACAUCCAGCCUCCUCAGACAGGAGACUAAUGAGUUCCUGUGGCAGCUCCAACUCCAGCCAGCCCCAGGAGCGCUGCCCAUCCACCCGCUCCUCUUCCUUCAGUGAGGGCAGGUCCCCUCUGGAGCAGCCCAGCUCUGUCACCCGCUUCCACGUCCCCUCACCCAAAGACCCUUUCUCUCCAGCCAGCGAGAUGAGCUCCAGCACCACCAGCCAGAGCGAGGACACUUGGACAGGGAGUCAGGAUGAUCCACAGAGUGAUGUCAAUGACGGGCCGGAGUACCUGGCCAUUGGGAACUUGGGACGCCGGGGCCGGGCAGGCAGCAGCACCAGCACCAGCAGCACCAAGAGCAGUAGCUCCAAACUCUUCUCCUCCAGCAGCUCCCAGAAGCUGGACUCAGUAUCAUCCCUGGGGGAGCAGGGAGCAAGUGGAGGUGGCAGCAGGGGCCUGAGCCUGUUGCGCCGGUCCAGCUUCUCGGAGGGACAGUCCUCAGCUCCACAGGGCAUCCUCAAGAAGAGCCACAUGCGCUCACACUCUGACACCAACGUGACUUCUGGGAAGUUACAUGGAGGCCUCAGGGAUAUCACCAUUAUAAUAGAAGAUCCAGUGGCAGAGUCCCAUGGUGAUCCAGGUGGAGGGAGAGGGCCAGUGUCUGCUUCCACACAGAGCAGUGAGCUGAGCACACCCAGCUCCCUCUACAUGGAGUAUGACUCUGGACAGUACCUGAGCUCGGGGGAAGGGAUGUUCAGGAGACCUUCUGAAGGGCAGUCCCUCAUCAGCUACCUCUCUGAGCAGGACUUUGGCAGCUGUGCAGACCUGGAGAAGGAGAAUGCCCACUUCAGCAUCUCAGAGUCCCUGAUUGCUGCCAUUGAGCUGAUGAAAUGCAACAUGAUGAGCCGGCAGCUGGAGGAGGAGGAGGAAGACAGCGACAAGGAGAUCCAGGAGCUUAAACAGAAGAUUCGCAUUCGGCGCCAGCAGAUCCGCACCAGGCACCUGUUCCCCACCUGCCAGGAGAUGGGCUCAGACAGUCUCAUGGCAACAGACAGUGGGUCCCAGUUCAGCUCCCACGGCUCCAUGCGGCUCUCUGACUCUGGCUCUGCAGAGGAUGUGGAAGAGUAUGAGAUCCGAGAUGGUAACGAUGGAUCUAACCUGAUUCAAAUGUCCAAGAACGGCCUCUCAGUGUCAAUGGCUUCCUUGUUCUCAGAUGCAGACAUCAAGAGGAACCCAGACUCCAGCAGGAAGUCCUUUCUCUCCUCGGACUCCAUAUCCCACUCCUUCCUCAAUUCAAACUCAGCAGAGGCAGUGGCCAUGGGCUUGCUGAAGCAGUUUGAGGGCAUGCAGCUCCCAGCUGCCUCUGAAUUGGAGUGGCUGGUCCCUGAACAUGAUGCCCCACAGAAGCUCCUGCCCAUCCCUGACUCUCUGCCCAUUUCUCCCGACGAUGGAGAGCACGCUGACAUCUACAAGCUGAGGAUUCGGGUGCGUGGAAACCUGGAGUGGGCCCCGCCGCGACCGCAGAUCAUCUUCAACGUUCACUCAGCCCUCACGAGGAAGGUGGCUGUGGCCAAGCAGAAUUACCGGUGCGCAGGCUGCGGCAUCCGGACUGAUCCUGAUUACAUCAAGCGGCUGCGGUACUGCGAGUACCUGGGCAAGUAUUUCUGCCAGUGCUGCCACGAGAACGCCCAGACCGUCAUCCCCAGCCGCAUCCUGCGCAAGUGGGACUUCAGCAAGUACUACGUCAGCAACUUCUCCAAAGACCUGCUGAGCAAGAUCUGGAGUGACCCACUCUUCAACGUGCAAGCUAUCAAUCCUGGCCUGUACCAGAAAGUGAAGGCUCUCAACCAAGUGCGGCUGCUGCGAAUCCAGCUUUUCCACAUGAAGAACAUGUUCAAGACAUGCAGGCUAGCUAAAGACCUCCUGGAUUCUUUUGACACAGUGCCUGGCCACUUGACAGAGGAUUUGCACCUUUACUCGCUGAGUGACUUCAGUGCCAUCAAGAAAGGGGACCUGAUGCCUCGCCUGACAGAGCUCCUGAAGGCAGGCAGCAUGCACGUUGACAAGUGCAUGCUGUGCCAAGCCAAAGGCUUCAUCUGUGAGUUCUGCCAGAAUGAGGAUGACAUCAUCUUCCCCUUUGAGCUCAACAAGUGCAGGACAUGUGAAGACUGCAAAGCCUGCUACCACAAAUCCUGCUUCAAAUCCACCCCCUGUCCCCGCUGUGAGCGCCUGCAAGCCCGCAGAGAGCUGAUGGACAAGCAGAGCACGGAGCCCUACUCCUCGGACUGCGAGGACAAGCUGGAGCAGCCGGAGGCAGUGGCAGCCACAUGAGCACCCUGCAGCCAAGGAGCACAUCAUGGGAUUAUUUAUGUGCAUGGCCUUCAUCACCAGAGACUGAGCCACACAGACUGGCGAUGAGGAGGACUGCUGGGCGGCCUGCAGCACUGUCUCGGAGGGAUCCCUUUUCCCUCAUGCAGUAGUGCUGGGCUGGGAAAGGAGCAUAUUCCACCAUGUGGAUCUGCUCCGCGUACCACUCCCUGAUGCCUUUGCUUGGGGGGAGGCAGCUGCUCCUGCCUAUCCUGCAGGCAGAACUGGGACCUUUUCUGAGCAGUUGUUCAUGCUGGACCCAGCAGAGUUGUGCUGCCCAUCCCUGUGCCCUGCUCCAAGCCAAGCAGGGUCUCCUGAAGGGACAGCACUUCCUGCUCAUCAGCUGUAUACUUGGAAGCUCUGGUCACAUCUGUUCCUUGGAGGAGGGAAUCGAGUCUUGGUCCUCUGAUCCUCCAUUCUGCUGCUGGGGGUUGUGUGCAUGGAGGGAGGGUGGGGUUUGGGGUUGGUUGUAUAUUUAACAGCUCCCUUUCUCAAAUGUGCUGUGGGACACUGCUGGAGAGCAGUUGCUCUCCAGAGUCAGAGCAGAGGAGGUGGCAAUGAUGAAAGUGCCAGAUUUCCCUGUGCUGCAGAGGGACAUUGCCCCUGGAGCAGCUCAGUGGAUGUGCUGAUGGACUUUUGGCACUCAGAUCCCCAUGGCUCUGUGGAAAUCUGCCUCCAUGGGAUAUAGUGAAGUUUCUGACCCUACUUCCUUCUCAUGCUGCCAAUCUGUCCCACCAGGGAGAUAUGUCCUUCUUUAAGGAUGACAUGGGACUUCACUCUUUUGGCACCAGGACCUGCCUUGUGUGGAGCUGCCUCUCUGCCUGAGACCUGUUGGGAGGCAGGUGGAGGCUCAUCCCUCCAGCUGCAUCCCCAAGCCUCUGUCUCGGUUUGUUGUUUUAAGUUUGGUUUUUUUUUUUUUUAAUCUGCUGGACUUGGUUUAUUUUUUUAAUGUGGUUGUUUGUAUUUUUAACUGUAUGUUCCCCCUCCUUGAGGUGCUGCUUGAAAUGCUUGCUUAGGGGACAUGGAAUCUACUUGGGACUCACCAGUAUAAAAUCUCCAGGGCUGUCCUGCUCCUGGUUCCUCAUCCCUGGAUGGAGCUGGUCCCCUCUCAGUAGGAUCUCCUGCUUCCCUUGGGGGAGGAAGGGUCCCUGAGCUAGGCAAGUCUUGAAGCUUCCCAGCUGUGCUGUGGUGGGAUGGUCAGGCAGCCUGCUUGCAAUGGGGAUACCUGGGGGAGAGGAGUUUGGCUCUGGGGUGCUGCCAAGGACUGGUUCCUCACUGAUACAGAGCCACCUGCCACAAGUGACAGCUCUGCAGGGCCAGGGUCAGACCCAGUGGGACGAGGUGAGCUCUGUGCCCAGUUGAGGAGGUGCCUGUGCAUCGUGGGGGGAUGCUUUAGCCAUGGCAUGUCCAGCAGCACCUCAGCACAGGUGGGAUGUGGGGUGUUAGGAAGGAUGGCGUGACCUGUGUACGUGCAAGGAGGGUGUUGAGGGACCAGGGAGCAAUGCACUGGCAGGAGGCCUCAAGGGGCAGUGGCUCUUCCAGCACAUGCCCUGAUUCAAGGCUGGGAUGUGACCCCUCGUGGGGUCUCCCUGUGGGGAUGGCAGAGCUGGGGAGAGGGGAAGAGGCUGGGACCAGGAGAGGUGGCUGCAAACCUUGCUGCUGAGGGCUGGGCUGCUGCACACCAGUAUCUCUGCCCUGCCUGCAGCAUCCUGACAAAGUCCUGAAAGCAGGGUUCAGCUCCCCACUUGCUCCCUGGGGUUUUUUCUGCCUUGUGUCUUGCUUCUGCUUGUUUUCCCCAGCAGAGCAGCUGCCCUUCUGUUGAGUCUGUCUCUGCCAGCCCUGGGGCUGCCAGAUGCUGGUCUGCCUUGGUCUUGCCUGUCCCCAAGCCCAAGCCAAGCCCAGCCCUCCUGCUGCUGCUUGGACUAGGGACCCCCUCCCCUGGAGCUGCCUCAGCAGCACACCUCCACCCACCCUAUUUUGUUUGAAGCACUUUAAUGUCAUGGGACAGCAGCUGAGAGGCUGCUCAGAUCCCUUUCUAGAAGCACUGAGUUCUUUUUGAGAAGAGGGAAGGAAUUCUGGCUUAGUUAUGGUUUCCACCCUCUGCCAUGGACUGUAUGUGGAAGCAGCAAGACUUGCAAACCUGGCACAGGUCUCCAGGGCAAGAUUGUGCCCAGCACUGACACUGCUGCCCAUCACUGACUGCUACAACUCACACUGGAACUGGCCAAGACAGGGAGCUCUUUGGGAGGGAGCUGAGGGCUGCCCUGGCUGUCAGCUGGAGCCCUCACAACGGGAUUGUUAUUGCACAGCAAUUAAAAUGCCGUCCUUAAUAAACUAAGUUAAUGAGGAGUCUGGUUGUGUUAUGACAUUGUUUAAGGUGGGGCAAUGGUUUGUAUGGUACCUUGAGGUGAUGGGGCAGGCAGGGCGUGCUGAUGGCAAGGAGCAAUGGAAGGGACAGCUGGUGAUGCAGUCACUGGGAGGGUGUUAUUGUCACUGCCCCUUGACUAAUUCAUCUGGUUUGUGGCCUCCCCCUGCAAACUGCUCACUGGACUCAGGGCAGGUACAAGCCACUGAGGGGCUCUCUGUAAUGCCUGUCCCCUUCCAGAGCCUGCCUUUUCUGUUGGCAGAGGGGCCCAGGGGCCUGGCCUUGGCUGCCCUGUCCAUGCUUGCAUCCCUAUUCUGUGCCACCCGGCUCUCCCUUCACAGCAGUGUUGUGCAUCUCCCCAUAAACUCCAUCAACACAGGUAAUAGAAACUGUAAACUUUAAAACAACUGUUGAAAGAUAUGACCGACAGCCCAGCACUAGCUCCAUGAAGAGCCUCUUCCUGGGGGCUUUUCCCUAGAAACACCCUGCUCAGCUCAAAUCUCAGCUGUGCUUACCAGCAGCAAUGGUGACCUGGGCUACUCCUGAGGACAGGAAAGGUUUCUGGCAGGCACAGGCAUGCUGAGGAUGGGCUCUCACAGCUGCCAGCAAACCUGUGGCAGCAAAGGGCUCCAGCAGCUGCCCCAGUGUGGCAACUCGAGCAGUGGGUGACGGCAAAGACCUGCAGAACUCUGGAGUUUGCUGC